AUGGCGACACAGCUGCGUUACCCAGGCAAGGUGGUGAUCGUGACCGGUGGCACCUCUGGCAUUGGUCUGGCCACCGUGAGAGAAUUUGUUCGCCGGGGAGCCAAUGUGGUGUUCUGUUCAUUACCAUCUGAAGCGGAAAAGGGACAAGCAAUUCAGAGAGAGCUGCAAGAUUCUGAGUGCCCGGGGGACGCUUACUUCGCGGUCUGUGAUGUCCGCAAGGAGACCGACAUUAAGAGGUUGAUUUCAGUCACUGUAGAACGUUACGGGUGCCUGGACUGCUUGGUGAACAAUGCUGGAAGUGGUAGGGCUGUGAGUGCCCAAGACUUCCACAACAUGAUGGAACUCAACGCUCUAAGCGUUUUGUUAGCAUCCAAGUAUGCGCUGCCCUACUUACGGAAAACGAAAGGAAACAUCAUCAACUUGGCCAGUCUUUUUGGUGUGAUUGGGAUGAAGAAUACUGUGACAUACUCCUCAAGCAAGGGUGCAGUUAUUGCAAUGACCAAAACUCUGGCCAUAGAUGAGAGCAAAUACGGAGUCCGAGUCAACUGCAUCUCACCAAGUAAUAUCUGGACUCCUUCGUGGGAAGGGCAUGCAAAUCAGUCGCCAAAUCCAGAGGCCGCAAAGAAAGAAGGCAGAAAUUUCCAGCUAAUGGGACGUUUUGGGACGCCAGAAGAAGUGGCUUUGGCUGCCAUAUAUCUUGCCGCUGAUGGAACUUUUUGCACUGGUUUCAACCUUGUGGUCAGUGGUGGAGCUGAAGUUGGCUUUGGAGUAAAGAACCAGGUGGAUCAGGAGCCCAGCCCACGUGCAGGUGUGACCUCGCAGGACUCCUCUAGCAAGCCUUAAGGAGGAGUGGGGAUCAGACCGAAGAGAACAGCCAUCAUUGAUUCAAAGUCACCCUUCCAAGAAGAGCUCCACAAAGGAGUUGUUUUAGCUAAAGGGAGUGGGAAGUAGGACACUCAAGAGUCAGUAUUUUAUUUAUUUAUUUCAUCAAAUGUAUAUACCGCCCUCCCCCGAAGGGCUCAGGGCGGUGUCCAACAUUAGCCAUAAAAACAAUUAAAACAAGGAACAACAACCAAUAACCAAUUAAUAAGAACCAUCUAUAACUUACAGAUGGCUUCAAUUGGCCAUGGUGGCAGGGGCUGAUGGGAAUUGUAGCCCAUGAACGUCUGGAGGGCUGCCGGUUGCAGACCCCUGGGCCAGCCCCUUUCUCGAUGACAUUGCGGGGCAAGCGCCACGAUGCCCGCUUGCCCUGCUAUGGCAUGGCCACAAGCCCACUUCUGCUCUUACCGGGGCUGAAGCUGGGAGACUCUUCCCCGCCCAUUCAGAGCAGCAACUACGACCAUGUUGAUUCACAGCUGCUCUUUACUGUAUCUUCAUG